AUGGCAACGCCUUUUAUGGAAUCUGAGAUCAGUUGUGUAGAAUAUUCUAACAGCAUAAUUCUUGGACAGUUAGAAAAUGGUUUUUUAAUUAAUGUUAGUUUAAAUUAUGCAUUGAGACUAAGGAAAUCAAAUUCAAAACUACUUUAUCAACUUGGACAGAUGGUUCCCUAUGAAAUUGUCAUUGGGGCAAAUGGAAAGAUUUGGAUUCAUAGUGCUUCAAUACGAACAACAAUCGCUAUAGGAAAUGCUAUACUAAAUGCAGAACAUCUAGAAGAAGAAGAUAUUCCACAGUUAGUCAAGAAUUUUAAUAAAAGUUUAAAUAUUUGA